AUGUCGACCUCCGGCGACAGCAACCAUUCCCCCCAGACCUACGAGCCCGUCGUCCCGCAUGAUCUCACCCGUGCCUCGUAUCACAGCGCAAUGGGUGCCCCUACAGGCUUCACAACGACGGAGACACAGGAGACCCGAAGCUCGGAGAGCAGCGGUGCCUCGCUAAAGAGCCCCCGCACGGCUCGAUUCGCCGAAGCAACGACAAUCUACUCGCCAGUCGAGAGCUCCAGCAAGUCUCCCUUCGCCGACACCGUUGAGCAAGCUCCUCUCGGCGUCGCCGAUACUGGGUUUGGAUACGUAUCAAACAAUAAUCCUACCCAACAUGCGGACGACUCCAUGCCACCAAUGUCACCCUGGCGAGCUGAUCUCAAAGUCCCCAAGUCCGCCAAGACCUUGAAUCCGCUCAGCCCGACCUUCCGUGAGGAAUACUUCCUUGAGAAGGGUGAAGCAACUGCAGAGAAGGAGAAUGCCCGUGAUGUCAGAAUCAAACUCCGUGUCCGCCUUGCCAAGAUCUUCCUUCGGUUUAUCAACUUCGGCUGCAGUCUGAUUGUCCUGGCUAUGUUAGCGGUGACUCUCCGAACUUUCAUGGCAACCAGAAAUCUCCCAGAGCGCAACUCAGCCUUUGCAUGGAACGUAGGUACCAACCCAUGGGCACAGUGGUUGAUGUUGGGUCUGGCCUGCUUCUCUCUUUUCGCUUGCAUGAUUGUGUUCUGGGGCUACUUCAAGGGCGGCCACAAGCGUGCUGAGAAGCUUGCUAUCUACUACAGCACGAUUUCGGUCAUUUACUUCACCUUCAGUUUCGUCAUGUGGAUCGUCAGUGCUGCUAUCUACGAACACUCGAAAGCAACUGGAGACUCGAAGGAUCUCUGGGGAUGGGCCUGCGCACAGAACACUCGUGAACAGAUCUACUCGGAUGUCAUCGACUACGCUCUGCUUUGCCGUCUACAGGACUGGGGUCUCGUCUGCGCCAUCAUUGAAGUCGUCAUUGAACUCCUCGUGAUCCUCAUCUACGUCGUCGUCUUCUACCGCAUCUGGUCUAAGCGCCGUCUUAUGAAGUCCAUGAACCACCGUGAUCAGGCCCGUUCAGAUCUGUACCUCGCGCAACUGCACCGCCAGACAGCCCCGAACACUCCCGGCUUCCCAGGCUUCUCUUCCUACCCACCAAAGUCUCCCUUCUACGCUGCCCAGGCCAUAGAUCCCUACUCCACAGCCGAGAAGGGUGAAGCCGGCUCACCACCCCAGUUCGCGACAGCUCCCCCCACCCAGUACGCGUCCCCACGCUCUCCGACUCGCCCAACUCCAUCAUUCCAGCUCCAAGCCCCUCCCAUCCGUGUCCAACAGCCAACCCCCCGCACUGGCCAGGAGGAAUUCGGCGCCCAGCCUAUUCCCGCUGCUCACGCCCGGUCACCAUCUCCCCCACCUCAGACUCAGGAGCAUAUGAAUGCCGCACCUGGUGAACAGAGCUACGGCUCAGUGCCCAUCCCGGGAGCGUACUAG